UGAAGUGAUGGUUUCUACCGCAGGGCUCUGGGGUUCAAUGUCCUUUGGUUUCUUCUGGGUCUUGUGGUUGAUAGAAGAGUGGCCCGUGCCCUCUUUCCCAUAGCAGUGGACACUGUUAUUUUUCUGCUGCUGAGCAAUGGGGGCAAAUCCUGGUCCCAGCCCUGGAGGGCUUUCCUCUUCAAUACCUGUGUUUCCCAUGAGAGAUUCCUAUGAGACACACAGGUGAUCCUGGGAUCCCUGAGCCUAAAGUGUCUUCUAGGGUCCUCACAUGUGUCCUCCUGCAGGGAUGGGCUCUGUCCCUGAAGUGCACAUCAAAGGUACAGAAGAUGGUGGUGUGUGUGUGGUGUGCAUUGCUUCAGGGUGGUACCCGAAGCCCCAGGUGCAGUGGAGAGACUCCAGAGGGGAGAAUCUCUCAGCAUCCUCUGAGACCCACACUGAAGAUGCUGACGGUCUGUUCAGCAUGGAGACCACAUUGGUGGUGAGAGACAGGUCCUUUGGGAGUGUGACCUGCUCCACCUUCAAUCCCAUGCUGGGCCAGGAGAAGGCCAUGGCCAUGUUCAUCCCAGAGCCCUUCUUCCCUCAGGCUUCUCCCUGGACGCCAGCUUUUGCUGUGAGCAUGACCAUGAUGGGACUUCUAGUCCUAGGGUCUUGCUGUUUUCUCAGAAGGGAGUGGCGUGCAAGGCUGCAGGUGCAUCAGGAACGGGAGAAUCUGCGGUGUGAGCAGGAGGAGUUGCUGAAGACAAAGGAGCAUGCGCUGGAGACAGCGUGCACACUCCAGGAGGAGCUGGAUCGGAGGAAGGCAGCUUAUAUGGCUGGUGAGUGA